AUGGAGUCUCCAAACACAAGUAGCAUACCCAUGACUCCCCUGCAAAGUGAAUUCUCAGGAUCAAGUUCUUCGAACAACGAGACUGAAAAUACAACACCAUCUUUAUACACUGAAGAUGGCACAGUUGACUUCAGGGGAAACCCUGCAGUUAGAGCCACCACGGGGGGAAAGAAAACCACUGCCAUACUGCUUGUGAACUAUGCUCUUAUGAACUUGGCAUUCGGUGGAGUUGCCGUAGACCUCGUCGUGUUCCUACGGAGGGUGCUUCGUCAGGAGAACGCCGAGGCUGCCAACAACAUCAGCAAGUGGACCGGCACUGUCUACAUCUUCGCGCUCUUCGGUGCCUUCCUCAGCGACUCCUACGUGGGGCGCUACAUCACCUGCAUCGUGUUCCAGGUCAUCUAUCUCGUGGGUCUGGUGAUGCUGUCCCUGUCAUCCUUGCUCUUCCUGGUGGUGCCCUCCCAGUGCGGCGACGGCGUAGGGCUGAGGCCGUGCCGACCGCCGUCGCGGCUCGGCAUCGCGAUGUUCUACGUGUCAACCUACACAGCCGCAUUCGGGGUCGGCGGGUACCAGCCGUCGGUGGCGACGUUCGGGGCGGACCAGUUCGACGAGUCGGACGCCACGGAGCGGCGCUCCAAGCUCGCCUUCUUCAGCCACUUCUACCUGGCGCUCAACGUCGGCUCCCUCUUCUCCAACUCCUUCCUGGCGUUCUACGAGGACAAGGGCAUGUGGAUCAGGGGCUUCUGGGUCUCCACGGUGGCCGUCGCGCUUGGGCUUGUCGUCUUCCUCCUGGGCACGCCGUACUACCGCCACUUCAAGCCCACCGGCAACCCGGUCACGCGCAUGGUGCAGGUGUUCACCGCUGCGUUCCACAAGAGGCACAUCCAGAUGCCCCCUGGUGAGGACCUUCAUGAGGUUGAAGAUGAGGAUUCAGGGAUUCGCAAACUCUUGCACAGGGAUCAACUCAGGUGUCCUGACAAGGCAGCCAUUGUGACUGAGGAGGACUACCACGCUGGGAACACCAAGAACCCAUGGAGGUUGUGCACGGUGACGCAGGUGGAGGAGGUGAAGUGCAUCCUGGGCAUGAUGCCCAUAUGGAUCUGCACCAUCGAAUACUCGGUCGAGUUCACCCAAAUGGCGUCCACGUUCGUGGAGCAAGGCACGGCCAUGGACACCAACCUCUUCGGCAGGUUCCGCGUGCCCGCCGCCAGCAUGUCGGUGUUCGACAUCUCCAGCGUGCUCCUCUCCGUCCUCGCCUACCGCUUCGUCGUCGCGCCCGCGGCGUCGAGGUUCACCAGGAACCCCGACGGCAUCACCGACCUCCAGCGCAUGGGCUCCGGGCUGGUCAUCGCACUACUCGGCAUGCUCGCCGCGGCGGUCGUCGAGAUCAACCGCCGGCGACGCGUCGUGGCCGUGGACCAGCCGAGCCCGAUGAGCGUCCUGUGGCAGGCGCCGCAGUACGCGCUGAUCGGCGCCUCGGAGGUGUUCAUGUACAUAGGCCAGCUGGAUUUCUUCAGCGGGCAGAUGCCGGAUGGCCUCAAGUGCUUCGGGAGCUCCCUGUGCAUGGCGUCCAUCUCGCUCGGAAACUUUGCGAGCAUGCUGGCGGUCAGCGCGGUCACCAGCGUCACCGCUCGGCGAAACAGGAGGGGCUGGAUCACCAAGAACCUGAACUAUGGCCACCUUGAACUGUUCUUCCUGCUCCUGGUUGGUCUGUCGAGUUCUUGUUUGACAAGUUGA